AAUAAGUAGAUUAUUCGAAGAAACAAAAACAUUUUAUAAAAAAUAUAUUUACAGUGUUAUUCUAAAAUGUAAGUAGAAGAUAAGAUUAUACACUUAUCUUCCAUUUAAAAACAAAAUGUAUGUACCCGUUAUUCAUAUUUUUAUAGUCACUUAUCACCAAUUUAUAGAUGAUAAAUAUUUAAUUCGCACGUCAACAAAAGAAAAUUAUGUCAUUUAAAAAUAUUCAUCAUAAAAACAGAAGUUACUUAAUAGUUAAUCAUUAAUUAUUACUGCAGUUACUAAACAACUACGGUCAUUUAUAUUAUUGCUAAUUUUAGAAGAGAACUCGGGUCUACAUAAUUUUAUUUCCUUCUGUUUACAAACGAUAAUUUGUAAACAGAAAAUAAGCCGGAUAUUAUACAGUUUAUCUCAUUUAAAUUUACCCGAUAAUAACUCAGACGGUUUGAAAAAGAUCAUUGUGUACCAAAUAAACAGUAAACAGAGAGACUGUUGCUGUAGUUAAAUACAUCGUUACAUUACAGUAUGUACGUGAAAUUGUUGUGUUUCUUAUUUAUAUUACGUUACAGUAAUAGUGCGCGAAUUUUAACUUUAAAUGGUGACUGGAUACUACAAGAUGACAAACAUAAUAUUACUAAUAUUAAAGCAAAAGUACCAGGUGGAGUUUACAGUGACUUGAUGAAUAGUGGCAUUAUUGGUGAUAUAUUUUACGGAUACAACGAUAUAAAUACCAAAUGGGUUCCUAGAUUAAACUGGACUUACUACAGAAAUUUCCUAAUAACAGACACAUUUUUAAAUUAUGACAAUAUUAACAUAGUUUUCGAAGGUUUGGAUACAUUUUCUUACAUAUUUAUUAACGACAAACUAGUGGGGUCAUCAGAUAACAUGUUUGUCCAAUACAUAUUCGAUAUUAAGAAAUAUAUUAAAACAGGUAGAAAUAAAAUAGAAGUACGAUUCCUAUCACCAAUCGAAAUAGCUGCAAAAUUAAGUGCAAUACAAACUAAAAACUACACAGUACCCCCUACUUGCCCCCCAACAGAAUACAACGGUGAAUGCCAUGUAAAUAUGAUUAGAAAAAUGCAGGCUUCAUUUGCGUGGGACUGGGGUCCAUCUUUUCCUUCUGUGGGAAUAUGGAAGAACGUUUACAUUGAAUCCUACAACGAAUCUAUUAUAAGAUACAUCGUUAGUGAUGUUACUGAAGAGGAUGAGGAUCAUUGGAAAGUAAAUUUGGAUAUUUACCUAGCUAACAAUAUUAAAAAUUCGGUUAAAGGUAGAAUACAAUUUAAGUUUUAUUUAAAUUUUAUCAAUAUUACAAGUAUUCUUGAUGUAGAUACCAAAGGUGAUAAAAAUAAUGAAAUUGUGGUGAAAACAAAUAUUGAAAUUAGGAAAAAUUAUGUGAAUACUUGGUGGCCUAACGGAUAUGGACCUAGUGAUUUGUAUUCAUUAAAAGUUGUUUAUAUGAGUGAAGAUAAUUCAGAAAAAAGUAUUAGACACAUUCUUGUUGGAUUUAGAACAAUUGAAUUGAUUCAAACUCCUUUAGAUUCUGGAUUAACGUUCUAUUUUAAAGUAAAUAGGAUUCCUAUUUUCAUGAAGGGUACAAAUGAAAUUCCUAUCGAUAUUUUACCGGAAAGAGGACAAAACAAAACCAAAAUUAAAAAUUUGCUUAAAGCUGCUAAAGAUUCCCACAUGAAUAUGAUUAGAGUAUGGGGUGGAGGAGUAUACGAAUCUGAUUAUUUCUACGACUUAGCUGAUGAGUAUGGUAUACUGAUCUGGCAAGAUUUUAUGUUCGCUUGCGCUAUGUAUCCAGUAACAGAUUCAUAUUUACAAAGCGUAAUUUCAGAAGUAAGACACCAAGUGAGGAGAAUCUACGGACAUACAAGUGUGGCAUUAUUUUCGGGUAAUAAUGAGAAUGAAGGUGCUUUAAUACAGAAUUGGUACAACACAUUUGCCAAAUACAAAACUUACUAUAACGACUACAUUAAACUAUACGUAAAAACUAUAAAAACUGAAUAUCUACAAUUAACUAAUAAUAGAGGAAUUUUUAUAACUUCAAGUCCAACAAACGGAGAAGAAUCUGACAAAGAAGGAUACGUUGCUAAAAAUCCAGGUGAUUCUUUAUAUGGCGAUGUUCAUUUUUAUAACUAUGUCUUAGAUCCUUUUAAUUCAAAUUAUUAUCCUGUACCAAGAUUUGCUUCGGAAUACGGAUACCAGUCUUUACCUAGCAAACAAUCGUUUUUAACUGUCACAAAAAAUGUGUCGGAUCUAAAUAUUAAUAGUAUAUUCAUGAAUCAUCGACAACACCAUCUGAUAGGAAAUUUAGAAUUACAACUACUAAUCAAAUUUUACUUCCAAUUACCCAACGAAACCAGCAAGAAUUACGACGAAGCUUUUAUAUACUAUUCCCAAAUUGUACAAGCUUUAGCUGUGAAAAUAGAAACAGAACAUUACAGACGAUACAAGAGUUUCGUUAAUGAUAAAGGUGAAGGGUAUACAAGUGGAGUAUUGUACUGGCAAUUAAAUGAUGUAUGGGUAGCACCAUCAUGGUCAGGGAUUGAUCAUCUUGGAAAAUGGAAGAUGCUGCAAUAUUACACACAAGAAUUCUUUGCUCCUGUUAUUAUCACAGGUCAUAUAAAUCUUCAACGUACGUUAGAAAUAUACCUAGUAUCUGAUUUACUGUCUCCUUUAUUCAAUUUAACUGUAUCGGUAGAAGUGUACCGAUGGAAUUCUUUUAAACCAGUUUAUGCCGAAAAAAUAUUAAUAAAAGAAUUAGAAGCAUCUGUGUUAGUGGAAUCAAUUGAAACUGACGAUUAUUUAACCCGUAUCGGAUGCGGUUACCUACCAAAAGCUAAGCAAAACUGCUUCUUCUAUCUUAGUGUGGAAAAAAAUGGUGUCAAAGUCACACCGGAUAAUUUUGUGUUUCCAGCAGCUAUUAAAGAUUCUAAUUUAACUGGAGCAGAAGUUAAAAUUAGUUCGGUAAAAAACAUUGAUAGCGAUGAAAGUAUUUUUGAUGUGGAAUUAACAAGUGAUAAUAUAGCGAUUUUUGUGUGGUUAGAAUCGAAUGCAGUAGAAGGAAGAUUUUCUGAAAACGGUUUUAUUUUGAAUGAGCCAUCGCGAAAUGUUUAUUUUUUUGCUAGUCAGAAAACGACGAAAGAAGUGUUAAUGAAAACAUUGACUGUGACACAUCUUUUAGAUGGAAAGUUUUUCUAA